AAAAAUGAAAUAUAAAAAAGAAAUGUGUGCACCCCACGGAAAAGAGCAGUACAAAAACAAACCCUAAUUUCGUUUCAUCUCUCAAACACACGGCAACCUCUUCUCGGUCGCCGUCGCUUCCACCACCGUCCCUUUCUCAUCGCCGCUUCAGAUCUUCUUUUUGUGUACCUGGGUUAAAGAUUUGUGACAGUCUCAACAAUGGCAACUAGACUUCAGUUUGAGAAUAAUUGUGAUAUUGGAGUGUUCUCUAAACUUACCAAUGGCUAUUGUAUGGUUGCCAUUGGAGGCUCUGAAAGCUUCUACAGUGUAUUCGAAUCUGAGUUAGGUGGUGUUAUCCCUGUGGUGAAGACAUCUAUUGCUGGCACCCGCAUCGUUGGUCGUCUUUGUGCUGGAAACAAGAAUGGCCUUCUCUUGCCCCAUACCACCACAGAUCAAGAACUUCAACAUUUGAGAAACAGUCUACCCGAUCAAGUUGUUGUUCAGAGGAUAGAAGAAAAAUUAUCUGCUUUGGGAAAUUGUAUAGCAUGUAAUGACCAUGUGGCUCUCACUCACACCGAUCUUGACAGGGAAACUGAGGAGAUAAUUGCAGAUGUUCUCGGAGUAGAAGUUUUCAGGCAGACCAUUGCUGGCAAUAUUCUUGUUGGUAGUUUUUGUGCUCUCUCCAACAGAGGUGGUUUGGUCCACCCUCACACAUCUAUAGAAGAUUUGGAUGAACUUUCUACACUUCUUCAAGUUCCUUUGGUGGCCGGAACAGUGAACAGAGGUAGUGAAGUGAUAGCUGCUGGAAUGAUAGUUAACGACUGGACAUCAUUUUGUGGUUCAGACACCACAGCAACAGAACUCUCUGUUAUUGAGAGUGUUUUCAAGUUGAGGGACUCGCAACCUAGUGUCAUCGUCGAUGAGAUGAGGAAAUCACUCAUCGAUAGCUAUGUCUGAAAUUGGUAAUAGUAAUAACUUAUGUUGAGUUUUGGUUAUAGUAUUGUGUGUCUAAUGCAAUGAUGAGGUGAGAAAAUCACUCUUUGAUAGCAAUGUCUGAAAAUUUGAUAAUAGUAAUGACUUUUGGUAUGAUGUUUUAAAUUUUGGUUAUAGUUUUGUCUUGUGCAAUGUGAACAUGUAUGCUCUAAAAAAGAUUGGUUGUACUUUUCCAUGUUUAUGGUAUCAGUUAUUGAUUGUUGGCACCUAUAAAUCCUAGCCAUGUUUGGUUUAA